GGUAUGCUCUACAGUGGGACACACUGGGCCUUAUCUGCCACCUCUAACGCUGCGCCUCUCACAGGCUCUCUUUGUUGGAACUGUAGGCUACACAACCUCGAGUCGCAUGCUUGGCUCACAAGUUGUCUCUUUUUCUUUCUAAUUAGAAGCUCUCAUACCUCGACGGUCUCGAUACCCUAUCACUUGUAAUUUUACGUUCCCUUGUCACUCGUUCCUCAAGUUCGGCAAACCUCUUUGUUUUCCUUCAUCCACCUUCGUUUCCCUACUUCCACCCCGUCCGCUUCCCGCUGUCGUCGUAAUGGCUGACGAGAAGAGCCGUGUAUCCGGCGAGAGCCCACGAGAGGCUAAGGGCCCUCUGCUGCCGACGUCUACUGCUGAUGCUGCCGUUGCCGAGAAGGCACAAGCUCCCAAGCCUGCUUUUCAUCCAGCACUCUAUGUCAUUACCUGGAUCAGUCUUUCGUCGUCCGUCAUCCUAUUCAACAAAUGGAUUCUUCACAGCUUGAACUUCCGCUAUCCCGUCGUUUUGACGACGUACCAUCUAUCCUUCGCGACCGUUGCCACGCAGCUAUUGGCCCGUUAUACUUCGCUCCUCGAUGGCCGAAAGUCAGUUAAGAUGACUGGGCGCGUCUACCUGCGCGCCAUCUUUCCCAUCGGUGUUUUCUUCAGCUUGAGUCUUAUCUGUGGAAACUUGACCUACCUCUACCUUAGUGUCUCCUUCAUUCAGAUGAUCAAGGCCACUACCCCUGUUGCCGUGCUUUUGUCGAGUUGGGCAAUGGGUAUUGCCCCCGUCAAUCUGAAGCAGCUUCUUAACGUCUCGGCCAUCGUUAUCGGCGUUAUCAUCGCUUCAUUUGGUGAAAUCAAAUUCGUUUGGAUCGGAUUCCUUUACCAGGUUGGAGGUGUCGUAUUCGAGGCUAUCCGUCUCAAUUUGGUCCAGGCUCUGCUCAGCUCUGCCGAAUACAAGAUGGACCCCCUUGUCUCUCUUUACUACUUCGCCCCCAUUUGCGCAGCCAUGAAUGGUGUGGUCGCUCUUAUCUGGGAGGUACCCCAUGUCACCCUGGAUGAAGUUUACAAUGUUGGUCUGGUAAUAUUCUUCCUGAACGGACUCUGCGCCUUCCUUCUCAACGUUUCAGUUGUGUUCCUGAUUGGCAAAACAUCUGCUGUUGUCAUGACUCUUUGUGGUGUCCUCAAGGAUAUCCUCCUCGUCUUGGCAUCAAUGGCUAUUUGGGCUGAUCCUGUUUCUGGCCUCCAGGCUUUCGGUUACUCCAUCGCUCUGGGCGGUAUGAUCUACUACAAGCUUGGUAGCGCGGCUCUGAAGGGCUACGCUAAUGAGGCUGGCCGACAAUGGGCCGAGUUUGGCUCAAAUAGCCCGGCCCUUCGCAAGGUAGUAGUCAUCGGCGCAGCCGUAUUAUUCGUCUUUGUCCUCUUCGGCGGCAUUGCUCCCUAUGCCCCUGACUACGACCCAUCACAGUACAUAAGCAAUGCUGCUGGAAAGCUGGGCGUAUCAUCAUAAAAAACCACAUCCUGUGAAACCAGUUGUAAUUUGAAACCGGAUGUUGGGCGUGUCAUCAUAGGAACUGCGCCCUGUGGAACCAAUUGUUAUCUGAAACAUGCGCUGGAAAUUUGGUGGAAAUGUUCGAUUAACCCAGCACUAUGAAAGACAGGGACUUGGCAGAACAUGGACCUCGCGAUAUGGAUAUCAUUCUGCGCACACACCAAGUUUCGCGACCACAGUUGGAAACCUAUUGGUUUCCCUCAACUACAAGAGGCAGGGCCCCGGGGACAUGAGUGGAAGAAGGGCACAGUCAUAUCGUAUGCGGAUUAUAGAACGGCGAAUCGGCGUCACAUACAGGGAUUUGGUUGGCGCUCCAAUCUGCAUUGCGAGGCUGACAUGUAUUUCACAAAACUGUACGAAUUAGAUUUGAUUGAUGAAAUAACAAAUGACCAGAGGUUUCUACCUGAAUGCCAUUACAACCUUGAAGAUUUUAAAUACAACCUAGAGUAGCAGACACUAUGUACUGUUCCGCUUCUCCUCGC